AUGGGUGGAGUCCCUGGUCGCAGCAAAGGCUGCAAGACUUGCCGACGAAGAAAAGUCAAGUGCGGUGCGAUGGUCCCCUGUGAGGGCUAUAAUCCAUAUCCCGAGUUUGUGAACCUGUCCAUUACUUCCAAAUAUCAGAAAGCCAGACCUCAAAAAGCAGUUCAGCACCUAUACCGUAGUCAACCAGCCAGUACCAACCUGGGCAUCUCAGAAAGCUCAGUCACUGCUUUUCCAUUUCUGUCCCUGGAAAAGCCUCCGGCAUGGGAUGAGCAAAGUGUCUUCACGUCGCAUCUUAUGAACAGACUCUUCACCUGGCACGAAGAUCCUUCCUCGCCAUAUUCAGUGUCAUGGGUCUCUGUAUUGUUAGAGCCAGUUGAAGAAGACAGGAUGCUCUCGUCUACAUCCAUUCGUGCCCUGGCGACACUUUAUUUUGGUAAAAUCCAUCAUGAAACACAACUCGUGCAUAAGGGUGUCAGAUUUUACUCCCAGGCUCUUCAGGCUCUGCGAUCCCAAUUGCAACACCGAGACCUGAUGUUAGAAGAUGAUGUUCUCGUCGCCAUCCUUGUAAUGGGGGUCUACGAGUUGGUCGCCUUCACGCAACCUGCGGGAUGGCUGCAACACUACAAGGGUUUAGCUCGAUUGACCGCCAUGAGAGGACCAGAGCGCCAUCAAUCGGGCAUUGGGUUUGCGGUAUAUCCAACUUUGAGAUCUUGCAUUGCGAUUGGCUGUAUUGUUGACCGGAAACGCUGUUUUCUCGAGUCUCGCGAGUGGAAAACCGUGCCUUGGGCUCAGCGUGGAAUUCAUACCAAAACGGCCCUUGAUAGACUCUAUGAUAUACUUUGCGAUAUUCCGGGGAUUAUCGAAGACACGGAUAAGCUGAUGAAAUGGGACGCUGAUGCCUCUGGCUAUGAAGAUUUCCGAGUCUCUUAUUGCUCCCGCGCUUUGGCAGUGCUCCAGGCGCUCUUCUCCUGGCGCUGGGACUGGGAGAAGCAGUUUCCAAACGCAUCAUACGCGAUCCCUUCUGAUGCAGUUGAUCAAGAGCUAAAUUUGCCAUUGCCUCCUACUCCGUUUGAAACUAUCCUCUGGUUUCAAGAUGCGUUCCGGGCUACAGAAUUAUCAAUUUAUAACGCUCAGCGCCUGAUUAUUACCCGAUCACUUGAAAUGGCCGGUGUACCAGUCAACUUGUCGUCAUCAGAAACAUCUCCCAGUGAUCCCCUUUUACCGAUACAGGGUACGAGACACGAUGUCGCGGUUGAAAUUUGCCGCAUGGCACAGUAUCAACUCCAUUCCCUCCGUCGAAGCUCUGGGGCCUUUGCGCUAAUUUUCCCGCUAAAUGUCGCAUAUCUGCAUCUCGGUGACUACGAUUCUAAUGUCUACAAACCAUGGCUGGAUGCUGUAAUGUCUUUAGUUGCCGAUUCCCAUGGGUUUGAAAUUGGGCGAACAGGGAAUAUGCCGCGACAAGCAAUCAGAACUUCUCCGAUUUUGAAGGUUGCGCUAGUAUGA